CCCAGACGUAAACAUUUCUAACAGAGCAAACUGCAGCUACCCUUUUCUGACCUUAUAAUUAAUAUUCCAUGGAUUUUACUGAGAUUUAUUGUGAUUUCCGGUGAAUAUCACAGCGAUGGAUAAGCUUAGUGAUAUAUUCAACGAAACUGCCAGAAAACAUCCAGAUAAUGUAGCAAUAGUGUUCCAUGAGAAUGAAUCUUCUUUUCAUCAAGUCACCUAUAAGCAGUUGCAAGAUGAAAGCAUGAAUGUAGCAGGAACUAUUUCAGGAAGGCAUGGGUUUAUGGUUGAUAUUUCUGAUGUUGCAUCAGAUGAAAGUAAUUUUGAUGCUUUUGCUAGGAAAACCGUCAGUAGUUCUGACAUUAAUAACGAACAGCAUCCUUCAGUAAUAGCUAUACUCUGCCAUCCAGGGCCUGCAGUGAUAGCAUGUAUUUUAGGAGUAUUAAAGUAUAAUGCCUAUUUUUAUAUUAAUCCAGACUGUUCCAAAGUUGAAUUAAUGACAUGUGUAAACAGAGUAAAACCAAAGUUUAUUCUUGUUGAAGAGGAUGUUUCUGUCAAUGUUGACUUGGAUUUUAUAGUUAUUAGUGCCUUUGCAGUAUUUGAUAAAAGUUUCAAAUUGAUUUUGUUAAAAGAACUCCAGAAUCAUGUAUUAAAUUAUGGAAAUAGAGAUUUAGCUUAUGUCAUAACCACUUCAGGAUCCACUGGUAUACCCAAGUUUGUUUAUGUACCUCACAGAUGUAUCAUUCCAAAUAUAUACGACUUUGUGAAGAUUUUCAGAAUUGGAAUAGAAGAUGCAAUCUUUUGUGCUGCACCUCUCACAUUUGACCCAAGUGUUGUAGAUUUAUUUAUGGCCUUCAAAACAGGUGCAAAGCUAGUUAUGGUUGCACCACAAGUCUUAAAGAUACCAGAUGUUUUCCUUGACAUUAUGAUCAAGGAAAAAGUUACCAUUUUACAAGCAACCCCAACUCUAGUGUUAAGUAUAAAGGCAAAAGUGAAGGAGACAAUUCUUUCCAAGGACUUGGGAUUAAAAGUCUUAGCAUUAGGAGGGGAAUCAUUUCCUAAGCUUUCUGUUCUAAAGAACUGGUUAGGCAAAAAUUGCAAGACUAGAAUUUUUAAUAUUUAUGGAAUAACUGAGGUGUCAUGUUGGGCCACAGUUGAAGAAGUGAAUGUUGAUGAGGAUGUGCAUUGUAUUAAAAAUGAUUUGGCAACAAAUAACCCAACUAAAAAUAAUGAAAAUGUUCUAGAUAAUGUGUCUGAUGAUAUGGUUCCCAUUGGUAAACCACUUAGUUCCACAAUUAUAAAAGUACUGAAAUCAGACUACGAAGAGGCAGCUGAAGGAGAACAGGGUGAAAUAUUUGUUGGUGGAACAGAAAGGGUUUGCUGGGUAGAUGAUGGUAGUUUAUGUGUCUUAGAAUUUAUUAAUGUCAAAGAUAAUGACUCUAAGCAGGUUUUGAGGCAGACAGGUGACAAAGGAGUGCUAAAGAAUGGCAGUAUAUAUUGUCUAGGAAGACUUGAUUUUAUUGUUAAGAGGAAUGGAAAGAAAAUCAGUCUUCAUGAAAUCACAAGAGCUUGUGAAACAUUUAGUUACAUAGAAAAAUGCAUGACAAUACAGGAAGGAAAAAAAAUUAUAGCUUUUGUGUGUACAUCCAAUGAAACUGUAAUUUCAGAAGAGAUUGUAAAGAAGGACUUGAAAAGUCUUCUUUCUUAUUGGAAAAUGCCAGAUGAAAUAAUAAUUGUCAAAGAAAUUCCCUUUAAUGAGCAUGGCAAAGUUAGCAAGGAAAAAUUACUUGAGGAAAGACAAAUAGGAAUAACAUGUAAUAUAACCAACUCUGAUUCUCUAGAAUAUCUUUUAAAAACACAUUGGACAACAGUGCUUGGUAUUAAUACUGUGCAUUACAAAGAUAACUUUGUAAAGUGUGGUGGAGAUUCCUUGUCUGCCAUUCACCUUGCUGAAGAACUCGAAAAGCAUCUUACUUAUGAAGUGCCAGAGCUUCUUGAUGUAAUUCUAAACAGAAAUUUUGAGAACACUCUAGAACUAUUAACACGUUGCUACCAUAAAGAAAAUAAAAAGACCUUUUAUCCUAGGAAGAGACUAAGAAGAGCUUAUCCUAAAAACGAGUCUCGGUUUGGACAGCAGUCAGGUAUAUCAGAAAGAGAUAUUGUUUUAAACAUUAAAACUAAGGAAAUUCAAGCAGACAUUGUUAAACAGAAGUGUGUUGUCUCAAGGAGAGGUUUUUUUAAAUAUGGAAAUUUUGAAGUAGAUCUUUUAUUACCACAACAUACAGAAUUAUCAUGGAAAUAUAAUCUUGGAAAGUGUAUAGAUUCAUCACCAAUAAUUGUUGAAUAUAGUAAUGAUAAGGUUUAUCUCUUUGUUGGGUCACACUCACAUAAUUUUAUUUGUGCUGAUGCUUUAUCUGGUGGCGAAUAUUGGUCAAUUACCCUUGCUGAUCGUAUUGAAUCAUCACCCAAUGUGUCGCAAGAUGGUAGAUUUGUUUAUGUUGGAUGUUACAGUGGAGAUCUUUUUUGUAUUAGUAUUGAUGAUGGGCAUAUUUUUUGGAAGUAUAAAACUGGUGAUGUAAUUAAAAGUUCCCCAGUAGUAGAUUACAGUACAGGUUAUGUGAUUUUUGGUUCUCAUGAUAAAAACCUUUAUUGCCUGAAUAAAGAAGGAAAAUUAGUUUGGAAAAAUGAAAUUUCCAAGGGAAGUAUUUUUUCUUCUCCAUGUGUUUGUGAUCACUUAGUAUGUGUAGCAACUCUUGAUGGUGUUAUUGCUGGAGUUGAUAUAAAAUCUGGAGUUACCUUAUGGAAGGAUCAUGUUAGUAAGCCAGUGUUCAGUUCGCCAGCAAAAUAUUCUGAAGGUAUUGUGUUUGGAAAUGUUAUUGGUGAUAUAUUUGGGUAUUCAUUUACAGGGUGUAGGCUAUGGAAAUAUGAAGUUGGAAGUAACAUUUUCUCUUCACCUUUUGUAUUAAAGUUACAGAGUGGAGAGGAAGUAAUAGCCAUUGGUUGUCAUAAUAAUAAUGUAUAUUUUCUUAACAGUAAAGGAGAAAAGAAGUCGGUAUAUUGUGGUAAGUCACCAGUAUAUGCAACACCAUUUCUGUAUAUUGCCAAUAAUAGUUAUGUAAUAUCUGUUAUAUGUGAAACUUCUGGCCUUGUGAAUAUAGUCAGUUUGAAUGAUGAAAAUUCAUCUUGUCAGCCAGUGCUGCAUUCAACUGGCAAAACUUCUCUCACUCCAUCAACUGUAACUGAAAUAAAAAUACCUGGAGAACUGUUUGCAUCACCUGUAUUACACAGAAAUAAAUUAUAUAUUUGUAGUAGAGAUAAUUUCAUUUAUAGCUUUGAUUUGAAGCCUAAUUAAU